AUGGCCUCCCCGACACCCUCGUUGGAAUCACGCGCAAAUUCCCUCGGCUCCCUGGUUUCGUUAUCCCCGGUGACCGUGAGCGGGAGUUCACCACCAGCAAGCGACUCAGCGAUCUGUGACGUCGACAGUUGUGAUAUCUGCCUGGACACAGGCAAACCGGGCGACGGAACUUGUAACUGUCGUCUCGGACGCGGAGUAAGGUGUACAGGUUGUAAAUCCACCGAAUCAGACGCGGUAGCACGUUGUUUCGAUUGUGCUAAUUUUCUCUGUCCCAAUUGCGUAAUGGCGCACCAAUUUAUGCACUGUUUCGAGGGGCACCGAGUUUUGAACCUCGGCGAAUCAAAGUUGGAGGCUAACGCCGAAUCACGGGGGAAUUUGAUGAUAACUAACGGCAGCAACGGAACAACAAACGGUGAAAAAGCACUCUACUGUUUGCGUCACAAAAACGAAUUACUUAAAUACUUCUGUCGUACGUGCAAUGUUCCUGUUUGCAAGGAGUGCACUUUGAGCGAACAUCCGGCGUCGGUUCAUGAUUGCGGGCACAUUACCGAAGUUGGUUCACAGCAACUUGAAUUGGUGUCAAGAACAGUCGCCGAUUGUCGAGCGAAAGCUUCCGAAAUCCGUACCGCGAUAAAAGCCGCUGACCAUGGUGUCACUAAAUUACAAGUUCAGUAUCACAAAGCCCAAAAUGAAAUAAGCGACACCUACCAGUUUUACCGAUCGAUGCUGGAAGAGCGAAAGCAGGAGCUCCUUAAAGAACUUGAAUCAGUAUUCUCCGCAAAACAAAUUUCUCUUGGUGUAAUCACGCAGAAAGCCAAUGAAAUGGUUGAUAAAAUUCAACAGACAUGUGAGUUUGUCGACAAACUAACUAAAUUCACAACUAUCACCGAGGUUCUGAUGGUGAAAAAACUCCUGGAUUCAAAACUCCAACAAUUAUUGAGCUACACACCUGAAAUCACAAACCAGUCGGAUUUGGAAUUUGUUAGCAACUACCAGGCAAUCCAGGUGGGUGUGAGGAAUACUUUUGGGUACGUAAGAAGCAGCGCCGACAGCAACAGUAUGGGACCCAGCAAGCAGCCACCAAUAGCACGACCAACGGCCCUAACAAAUGGAAAUAGCGGUGGAAGCAACGCCAGCAGCGGCCCCGGUAGUGCAGGAUCUCUCGGGGGUUUACUUUUGGAUCGUCCCUACAGCAAUGGCCUAGUAUCAACCACUGCAACUUGCGCUUCGACUUCGCCCUCCUCUUUCGAGAGCAAUGUAAUCUCGAAGAGGUUCAGCACGGCAAACAGCCUCGGGCCAUUCUCAACCACAAUAACAGAUCUUAACCUAAACGGGAUGAAUAAUCCAUACGAAAAGUGGAGCAAUGGAGGUGGAAGCGAUGCUUAUUCAGUUAAUGCAAAUGAUCACUUUGCAAUAUCAAACACUAAUGGCGGUGGUGGUCCUACCGCAGCAGACUCCGUCCUGGAUCUUACAUCGAAAUUAAUGUCCGCGGCUAUUGUGUUCCCACCAAAGUCACAGAUAAAACGUCAAAAAAUGAUUUAUCACUGUAAAUUUGGUGAAUUUGGUGUUAUGGAGGGACAGUUUACCGAGCCAUCAGGUGUUGCCGUUAAUGCGCAGAAUAUUAUUGUUGCUGACACGAAUAAUCAUCGCAUACAGAUAUUCGACAAGGAGGGAAGAUUCAAGUUCCAAUUUGGAGAGUGUGGGAAGCGUGACGGACAACUUCUGUAUCCGAAUCGUGUCGCCGCAGUGCGUCCUUCUGGUGAUAUUAUUGUGACAGAACGGUCACCAACUCAUCAAAUUCAAAUCUACAACCAGUACGGACAGUUUGUGCGUAAAUUUGGUGCAAACAUUCUUCAGCAUCCCCGCGGUGUUACCGUUGAUUCAAAGGGUCGUAUCGUUGUGGUCGAGUGCAAAGUUAUGCGCGUGAUAAUAUUCGACCAGGCCGGAAACGUCCUCCAGAAAUUUGGAUGCUCAAAGCACCUCGAGUUUCCAAACGGCGUGGUGGUUAACGACAAACAGGAAAUAUUCAUAAGCGACAAUCGCGCACACUGCGUCAAAGUUUUCAACUACGACGGUGCUUAUUUAAGGCAAAUUGGUGGUGAGGGCAUCACCAAUUACCCAAUUGGAGUCGGAAUUAACGCCGCUGGUGAAAUUCUGAUCGCUGAUAAUCACAAUAACUUCAAUUUAACAAUCUUCACCCAAGACGGACAGUUAGUAUCUGCCUUGGAGAGCAAAGUUAAGCACGCUCAGUGUUUCGACGUGGCGCUAAUGGAUGACGGGUCAGUGGUACUUGCCAGCAAGGAUUACCGACUGUACAUCUACCGGUACAUCCAACGAACCGGUAACGUUGAGUCCAGCCCCGAUACGUGCACACCGUCGGUACGUACAUCUGCGAAUCCAAUCUCCAAGACGGACACCAAUCAAGAUAAAUUCCGACUACAUCGAGUCAACCAUCAACAUCAAAAUCAGCAUCAGCAGCAGCAGCAGCAGCAGCAGCAGCCACAACCGCAUCAUCAAAAUCAUCAUCACAAUCACAAUCAACGCACUCAAAAUUCAACUGACUUGGCUGUUAACAGCGCGACCCGCUGGUCCAGCUUACCAGUCAGGAUCCUCCAGGACCCAAAACGACUUGAUCGUAGCAAUGUAAUGAGAAUAAGAGUAGGCGGACUCGGAAACGACCGAGACACACGUCGUACACACGCGCGAAACUUACUUGUUAAUGUUGUUAUAACUGAAAAUACUGUUGUUGUUGUUUAG